UACGCUAACCCUGGUGACGUCAACAUCGGCGUUAUCAUGACUCUCACAAGAGGCGUCACCAACAUGUCCUGCACCAAGGUCCAAAUUUCCGGUUCCUGGGGGAUGGAGUACCCCGAGGCUGUGGCGUUCGCCGUGGACGCUGUCAAUCAAGACCCCGACCUCCUUCAGAACAUAACUUUGGGGUUCUACAUAUUGGACGACUGCUCAGCCAGGCAAAUGGCAUUAGCCCAGGCUUUGAAAUUUUUGCCUCGAUCGUCACAGACCUGUGAAGCGAUGUCCCGGGACCGCCUGGUAAACAUUUCAAAGGGGCGACUCUCGACGAGAUAUAAUCCGGAAGAGCUACUCCCAUCCUAUGACGUCACCGCUGUACUGGCCCCGAUGUUUAGUAUAACGGCCGUCCCCGUGUCGUACCUGUGCACGGCAGCCAAGAUGCCGAUAAUCGGGUAUCUAACGACGAGCGAUGAACUCAGCGACAAGACGUUGCAUCCUUACUUCCUGAGGGUGAUCAGCCCCGACAAGUAUCAGACCCGGGCCAUCACAAGAUUCAUCGCUGACCGGGGCUGGACGUACGUGUCGGUUUUGUACACCGAGGGUCCGUACGGUGAGAGGGCAUUUGACAAUUUCAAAAUGUCGGCGGCGUUGUACAACAUCUGCAUAGCGACGGCGAAUCUUAUCAGAGAACUCGACGAAUCGGAAAUAUUCGUCGAUGAAAUGCUACGACACGAAGCUCGCGUGGUCGUCUUCUUUGCCGACUCAAAACCAUUUCGCCACAUCGUCGACUCAGUCAAGAAAUUUAAUGCAAGCGGACACUUCAUAUGGAUAGGAAGUGACGCACUGACUUCUGUCAGUAAAAUUACUUUGAACCGGAUGGCGGAUAGCAUAAACGGAGCGUUUUUAUUUUUGUUUUAUACCCCUGUGGUUCCGGAAUUUCGCAAGUACCUUGGGGAAAUUGAUAUCUUCUCUACACGCAACCCUUGGCUGAAAACAGCAUGGGAAUAUCUGAUGUCUUGCUCUUUCACUCAAGGAACUUGCUUGGCCGGAAGCGGUGGUUUUAAAUCUGACCAGUUCAUGCUACCGCCAAUCAUGGUGAUGGACGCUGUGUUGGCGAUUGCUCAUGCGAUUGAGAAGCUCAUUAGCGAUUUCUGCCCUGGGGUCAGCGGAGCCCAGGCUGUGAAUUGUAUUAAAAGAGAUGUUUUACUUGAGUACAUCAGCAAAGUAGAGUUUCGAGGCUACACUGGGGACAUAAAGUUCGAUUACAAUGGUGACGUCAAUGGAAAAUAUGUAAUCUACCAGGUGAAAUAUGACAGUGGGUCGAUUUCUCUCGAUCGCAAAGAGUCAAACAAUUCAUCAGAGAAGUUCCUCGAGUACAAGGAGGUUGCGUUCUAUGAAAUUCAAACCGAUUCAGUCUUGUACACCAAUGCGACAAUUACAUGGGAUCACCUGACCAAGAAGGAGCGCGUGGUGCCUCUCAGGCACGGCGAAGUGGAUAACGGACAACCAGAAUCGUUGUGCAGUCGACCGUGCAUUGUUGGCGAGUACAAGAUCCAGAAACAACUUAAGUGUUGCUGGGAGUGUAGGAAAUGUAGAGACAACGAGAGAAUCAUCAACCAGAACACGAGCUGUGAGGAGUGCGAGAUUUUCACAUGGCCAGAACCUGAAACUGGAUUCACCACGUGCAGCCCAAUCCCGUUGGCUCACCCCACGUUCUCCGACUCUGUGGCCAUCUUGCAGACGACAAUCUCUGGUAUAGCUCUGAUCCUCACAUGCCUGGUCUGUUCAACCUACACAUAUUACCGAGAAUCCAGAGUGAUCAAAGCAGCCAGUCGUGAGCUCAGCGUUCUUCAGCUUCUAGCAAUAUCUGCUGGUUACCUAACUGUCGUCUGCUUCCAGACACAUCCCACCCCAGCAAUGUGCGGAGUUCUCUACUUUUUGUUUUGCUUAAGCUUCGCCGGGCUGUAUUCCCCACUCUUUGUUAAGGCAGUUCGCAUCUACCGAAUCUUUCAGAGCAGUUCUCAAAACAACAAGAGACUACGAUUUGUUAGUCCCCAAUCUCAGAUUGUCCUUUCUAUUAUUCUUAUUUUCGUACAGGUAAGGACUAAUACUCUUAUAUAUCACUAUUGA